ACUAGCUAACAUCGUGUGCUUUCAAAUUAUCAUACCAGUCGAUUAGAAAAUUGUGAUAUGACCGAAUGCUCUUGGUAACUUGACUACAAGAAGCAACAAAGAAGAAAUUACGGCAAAAUUCAGAAAAAUAAAAAACUACGAUUAUCUGAAGUUUAAAGUUUGUAUGGAGGGCGAAAUUGAAUGGAAUGUUGUUAAUGAAAGCCAGUUAUUGGAUGCGAUGGUUGGUCACAAACCAGUUGGUAUAAACAAAUAUUUUCAAAUGGUAUUUAUUUGUGACAAUUUUUCAAAUAGUUUGCAUAAGGAUGUUGACUCGCAGAAAAUAUGGGACCACCUAGAGACAAUGUACAAUUUGGAAGCUUUAGAUGAAAGUGAAUUAUUACCAUUUCCAAACAGUGAAAAAGAAUUUUCGUUGCCUGAAAUUGAUUUUGGGAGUUUAGUGAUAAAAAAAGAUGAAUGGUCUUCAAAUUCGGAUUCUCCAAAACUCCUAAGAAAAGAAGACAAGAUGUCUAUGAAAAAUAUAAAAGACAAUUUAUUUCAUAGAGAUAACAAAGAAGGUAAAGAUAAUAAUAAACAACCCACAGGAAAAAGGGAAGUAAAGAAGGAGUCAGAGAAAAGCAAUAAAGCAGUUAAAGGAAGGAAUUCUUUAUCAACAGCAAAGGAGGAAAAAAGUAAAUCUAAAGAAGAAUCUGCAAAACCUGUUAAAAGGCCUACAAGAGGUAGCUUAAAACCAAGUGAUGAUUCUGGUUCUAAUGGGAAAUCCAGCCCAAUCAAUGUAAGCAAUGUAAAACGAAGAAGGAUAUAAAAUUCUAUUUUAACAAAGUAGAAUGCUGAAUUUUAUAAUACUGGAUUACAAUUUUAUACCAAUAAAGACAUGAAUAAU